AGUAGUAUCCAACCCAUCGAAGUGUUAGUGCAACAGUGGAAUAGUUCUUACUACGAGUUAUCUCUGAGUACACAGUAAUUAUUUAAAAAAGAGAAGUGCGUGUCACUCAACGUAGAACUUUAUGAUAUAUAUAAUACGUCAUUAUUAAAAAUAAACUUUGUACAAUGCGGCGAAUGCCUCUAACGACAAGAUUCCAAUUUGCGAUUGAUUCCUGAAUAAAUUAAUGACACAUGAAUGAUGUAUCAUAGAAGAGAAAACGUAAAAUAAUGCUGUCAGGACAGUUUAUUUGUAAUACUCAAUUGCGUGUAACACGAUAUUUCAGUCGUAGCAGUAUUUUAAGAGAAAUUAAUAAAGUAGAUAAAAUUCCUGCACAAAAAAACAAUGAAAUUGCAAAAGAAGAUGUUAUAGGUUUACGCAUGCAUCGUGUAACUAAUUUUGACAAAAGAUUACUUGUUUGGGUAAAACGAUAUCCGAGCAUUGCAGAUGUUCCCAAGGAUGUUACAGUGGACUGUAUACUCAAUGCGAGAAGUAAAGCACGAAUCAAGACGUGUAAUUAUAUGAUCGUUUUUGCCAUAAUUGGUUUCAUAGGUGCUGUAAUACUUGGAAAAGAAGAUGCAAAAAAAGGAAAAAAUUUAUUUCAGCAAAGAGAAGAGUGGUUCAAAAAAAUGAACAUAGAAGAUAAAAAAUAGAUAUGUAAAUACUAGGAAAAUUUAGAAGUCUUUAGGACUAAUUUUCUGAAAAGUAUAAACGGAUAUUAUAAAACAAUUAUUAUUUUAAAAUAAGA